AUGGCACCUACAGGUGAAGUGGUUUUUGGCAAUGGGGACAGAGUUUGUGCUGAAAAUCGUUUGCGCUGGGACCUCACUCCUGAGCAGAUCCAUCAGCUAACCGAUGAGCUCAUCGCCAAGACCAAGACAGUCUACGACUCUGUUGGGGCCUUGGCUCUAGAUACUGUAAACUAUGAGAACACUUUGAAGGCGCUUGCAGAUGUGGAGGUGGAAUACACAGUCCAGCGGAACAUGCUGGAUUUCCCUCAGCAUGUGUCCUCCUCGAAGGAUGUGCGUACGGCUAGCACCGACGCGGACAAGAAGCUGUCGGAGUUCGAUGUGGAGAUGAGCAUGAGGGAGGAUGUGUAUCAGAGGAUUGUUGCUCUGCAGGAGAAACUGGAGGAAGAAAGUAUCACCCCAGAGGCCAAGAGAUACAUGGAGAGAUUGAUCAAGUUGGGAAAGAGAAAUGGACUUCAUCUUCCCAAGGAGACACAAGAGGAGAUCAAGAAGAUCAAGAAGAAACUGAGCACGCUGUGUAUUGAUUUCAACAAGCAUUUGAAUGAGGACACCACCAACCUCUCUUUCACACGGGAGGAGCUGGGUGGCCUUCCUGAAGACUUCCUCAACUCCUUGGACAAAGAUGGGACUGAAAAGCUGAAGCUGACCCUCAAAUACCCUCACUAUUUCCCCACCAUGAAGAAAUGCUAUGUCCCAGAGACACGCAAGAAAUUAGAAGAAGCCUUCAAUUCUCGUUGUAAAGAGGAAAACUCAGCUAUCCUCAAGGAGCUGGUGGAGCUGCGUUCUCAAAAGAGUGCUCUACUGGGGUUUACCACCCAUGCUGACUUUGUUCUUGAGAUGAACAUGGCGAAAGCAUCCAAGAAGGUUGCCUCAUUUCUUGAGGAGCUGGCCCAUAAGCUGAAGCCUCUGGGUGAAGAGGAACGGGCUGUGAUCCUCAAGCUGAAGGAGAAGGAGUGCCAGAAGAGGAACUUACCUUUCAAUGGAGAGUUGGAUGCCUGGGACACACGUUACUACAUGACCCAGGUGGAGGAGACUCAGUAUGCGGUGGACCAGAACCAGCUGAAAGAGUAUUUCCCAAUGGAGGUGGUGACCCGUGGGCUUCUGGACAUCUACCAAGAACUGCUGAACCUCUCCUUCCAGCAGGUAGAGUGUGCCCAUGUGUGGCAUGAUGAUGUCACGCUAUACUGUGUUAAGGAUCGUACCUCUGGCCAGGUGGUGGGGCAGUUCUACCUCGACCUUUACCCCAGAGAGGGAAAGUAUGGGCAUGCUGCCUGUUUUGGCUUGCAACCUGGUUGUCUGCUGUCCGAUGGGACCAGGCAGAUGGCUGUGGCUGCCAUGGUGGCCAACUUCAGUAAGCCCACAGCUGAUGCUCCCUCCCUGCUGCAGCACGAUGAGGUGGAAACCUACUUCCAUGAGUUUGGCCAUGUCAUGCAUCAACUCUGCGCACAGGCAGACUUUGCCAUGUUCAGUGGAACUCAUGUGGAAAGGGACUUUGUGGAGGCUCCGUCUCAGAUGUUGGAGAAUUGGGUGUGGGAAAAGGAGCCAUUGCAACGCAUGUCCAAGCAUUACAAGACCAGCAAUCCAAUCCCAGAGGAGCUGCUGGAUAAACUCAUCAAGUCCCGGCUUGCUAACACUGGUCUGUUCAACCUGAGGCAGAUUGUACUGGCCAAAGUAGACCAAGCCCUUCACACAAAGACAGGAGUGGAUCCAGCAGAGGAGUACGCCAAGCUCUGUCAGGAAAUCCUUGGAGUGCCUGCCACUCCAGGGACUAACAUGCCAGCCACCUUCGGCCACCUGGCAGGUGGUUAUGAUGCUCAGUACUACGGUUAUCUCUGGAGUGAAGUCUUUUCCAUGGAUAUGUUCUAUGCCCGCUUUAAACAGGAGGGCAUCAUGAACCCCAAGGUGGGGCUGGACUACAGGAACUGCAUCUUGAAGCCUGGAGGUUCAGAAGAUGCUGCUGAAAUGCUGAAGAAGUUCCUUGGAAGAGAGCCUAAGCAAGAGGCUUUCCUCCUGAGCAAAGGACUAUCGAUCGAGCUGGAGCCGGGCACACCAUGUGCUUGUUGACCAGUUACUUCACAGUAGAUUACAUGAUCAAUGCCUCUCUGGGGAACGUUAGCACACGGACACUAAAGACUGGUCACUUGGAUUUUUCUGAAGCAAAAUCCUGAAAUUUCACUUUCACAGUUAUUGUUCAACUAUCACGGUUAUUGUUCAACUCAAUUUUCCCUCUUUUGAACCUUGAAGCAUUGUUUUAAAAAUUAAAACUGUAUUGAGUCAAGAAAAAAAGUGGUUUACCAAAAAGAUCUCUUGACUAGAAAUUAAUGAUUUGGUUUAGUCACAAAUUUUUAUGUAAUCAUGAAAGAAUUAAAGAUUCUGGAUGAAGCAUUUAUUUAAUUAUCCAAGCAAAGUACAAAAAAUAGUAUAUAAAAUAAUAUGUAAAAUGCAAAUAAAAACAAAGUAGGGAUUUGUAAAUCUGAACAAAAACAAUACAAAGACAAUGUUUUACCUUAUAAACUUGAUUUUUGAUAAAUGUACACUCAUUAUAAAAUUGAUGGUAUCAUCCCAUUCUAUGAGCUUUGGGACGUGGCAAUAUAAGACUAGAAACAAUGUGAAAUGAUAAAAUAUCUUAAACAGGUGAUGCUCAUAAAGGCGUAGUCCUGGCUUGAUGCUUGUCUCAGCAGAUACUCCAACCAUUUAAGAACAACAUUCCUUGACGAGUGAUUGCAAAUAUUUGCUGCAUCACAGUGAAAAACGUCAUCAAAAGAUUCAGGGAAGCCAGAGAAAUCUUUGUGUAAAGGAGACCACGUCUGAAUGCACACGACUUUCCAUCCCUCAGACAGGACAGCAUUAAAAACCAGUAAGGAUAGCACCACGUUAGGAAUAUUUUGAGUAACAUUUGUGAAUGAGCACAGUUCAUUACUGCAACCACAAUUGAAAGUUAAAACUACUGUACACAGCAGCCAAAUGUCAGCAUGGUCCAGAAACACUGCUUUCUCUGGAUUUGAGCUUAUAUGAAAAAAACACAGUGGAGACGCAUACUGUGAGAUCAAUUAGAUUGUUUACGAAAAUAAUGGACAUGUUAUCUGGGCCAAAGAAGAAAUGGACUGUCUAGAUUGUUACCAGCAUAAAGUUUGUCCCUGACAUGAGUAGUUUACAUAUCUGCAACAUAAGCUGCUGUUGGAAGAAAACCUUCUAUCUCCAUUUUUGUCUGUUUUUCAAUUUUCGGCAUAAUUUGAAAAUGUCUGUUGCCCUUUAUAUUGUGUGUACAUUUCAAAAUGAAUGGACCACAAGAAGUGGCCCAGAAUUAAUUGGAAAAAAGUCUGGUUCCAUUGACUUACAUUAAAAGUAAAAUAUGUUUUUUUUCUUCUUGUUUAAAGUUACCGUUUUGGAGAUACAAGGUUUUCUUCCAACAACAGAGAUAAGCUGUUACAACAACAUGACUGUGUAAUCAUAGAGUGCAGGUGCUAGAAUGGACAGCCUGUGGUCCAGACCUGUCUCCCACUGAAGGCAUACGGAGCAUUAUGAAGAGCAAAAUACUAUGUAGGCACCUAUGGUUGUGACAAAAUUGGUUCGAUUGGUCUCUUCAGUCCCUAAGUUACAACUAAGUUGUUAUUGGUUAAAGUCAUCCGGCCCCAAUGUUUUCAGAACAUAUUCGGAUUAUCAAAUUUGGAGUGCGCAUGUAUUUGCAAAAAAUAAAUACAGAUCAAACAGUA